AUGCUCGUCUACCAUCGAGUCACCAAUUAUGCGUGUGCAAGUCUUGCAAGGGCUGCUGCACGCUGCCUGACGUCCUCUGCUGCACCUAGCGACUCGUCAAGCAGUAGCACUUCCUCACAAACCGACUCCAUUUUCGCCACCAAAGAAUCUCCUUGGGACCGUAUUCUGGGCGACUCCAUCAAUGACAUACCACCUAUCCUCCCCACCCCAGCACGCAAGGGAUUGCGUGCUGGCGGUUUAGAAACACCAGGACACACCCGCGCACGCAGACAAGCAAUGACAGCCCGCGAAGUCAGCGCGUUUGACGAAAUGUUCAACAUGAUAUUCGACGCCGUCUCAGAGCAAAAGAACCCCUCCGCCAGGCUCUCACCACAGAAAGACGACCCACUCGCCGUCCUCAACGGAAUAGGGCGCAAACCAUUCGGCCAAGCCCCAAUGACAGACCUAUUCGGCAAACUCAGACGACACUCAAAACGGUUGAAAUGGACGACAGAGGCGGAUCAGGAAUUUGAUAAGAAGAAGGAAGAAAUGGAGCUUUGCGAUACGGAUCAGCAGCUGCUUGAAUGGGCUAUGCGGGAAGUGUUUGGGCAGUCUCAGCAAUACGAGGAACGUGCGCGGAAUGCUAUUGCAAAAGCUGAGGAGCAACAUGCCCCAACUCCAGCGGCGUCGAACGCAAAUGCAAACGCGAGCGCAAAUCCACAACCACAGCUAACACAACCUGCAUCUUCGCACCCUGACCUCCAACACCCGACCUAUCCUUACCUCAUCGCGCAUCUCAUGCGUUCUUUCCGUGACAAGUACCGUGACCCCCACCUCGCCCUCUCCAUCUUUGACUACGCCCGCCAUCUAAGCAUCCCAAGCUACGUAUUCGGGUGCACCACGCCCGCAUACAACGAGCUCAUAGAAACUCGGUGGUCAUGUUUCCGCGACCUCAAAGGCGUACACGACGCCCUCGAAGAGAUGCGCGUGAACGGUGUCGAGCCCGAUGGCAGAACCAAGAAGCUCGUCGAAAAACUACGGCGCGAAGUAGGCGCACGCACUAUUUGGGAAGAGGAAUCUGUGUUUGGGAGUGGGGAGGUUAUUGGGAUGUUGGCUAAAAUCGAGCAGCUUGCUAUUAAGGAGCCGAGACGGAAGCAGGGGAAGGGGAAAGCGUCGGGCAAGCAGAGGGCGCCGGCUUUUGAUGCGUGGAAGGGGGACGCGCUCAAGGAGGACCUUCAGGAUGGGUAUGAGUUUGGUCAGUGGAGUGGUUCUCGCAAGCCGAAGCCGAAGCCGAGGCGUCGGGAACAGGAUUCAGAACGGACAGGGCUGGAUGAUUGGCUCGAUGGCAAAAUACCAGGCGAAGAUCGUCUAGAAUUCAAAUAG